GGGUCCCUUUGAGAAGAGGGAAGGAAGUGGGCUCGACUGGCUUUGAGCGGGGGAGGAGGCUGAGAACCCGGACGCCCGGUUCCCCCCUGUGUCUCAGAGCGGGGGGGGGUUUAAGGAGGCCAAACUGGGACACCUGGGUCCCCCCCAGACGUUUGGGUCCCCUCAGACGCUUGGGUCCUCCCCACUGGAUGCCUGAAUCCCACCCCCCCACCACCACCACCAGUUGACGCUUUGACCUCCUCGGUCAGAUCUGGACAUUGUCGAAAUGUGGCUCUUCGUCUUCCUCCUCUCCCUCAUACCAGCUUCAUUAGGCUGCCCCGAAAUGGUGACGAGUCCAACGGAAUUGGUGGUCGGAUUGGGUUCCUGCCUCUACAUCUCCUGCCACUAUGACCUGUGCAAGGUGGGAUCGGACGCCGAACUCCGUAAACUCCGUUGGAUCCAUCACCCCCAGUACGAUACGAAACAGCAGGAAUUUACGGGGAAGAAGGUGAGCGAACUCUCAGGGACCCCCGGAAACACCAAGGGUGACUGUAGCCUGAUCCUGCCCCACAUCCGUGCCGACGACGCCGGUGUCUACGGGUUGCGGUUGGUGGGCGAGCCCAACCGUCGGUACUCCAAGGGAUGGCUGUGGAUGCAUUACGUCACCAUCAAUGUCACCGACACCCCCCCUGCCCCCCACCUAUGGCUGGACCCGGACCCCAUCACCCAAGGCCGCAGGACCACCUUUGGGUGCUGGGUGCCCCCCGCCUGCCCCAAAGACUCCCCCACCCUCACCUGGGAAGGACCCAUCACCAAGACACCGGGGGUCCACAUGGACUCCUGGACCCCCCCGGCCACCGUCACGACGCACCCGGUGAUUGGCACCCUCUUGGCUUUCGACCCCUUUUGGUACCACGAUGAGACCACCGUCAAGUGCAUCCUUCGGGGGUCUGAUGGAAAGACCAUCACCCAGGCGUCCUGGCAGCUCCAGGUCAACUAUGCCCCGAGGAACGUGCAGGUGGACAUGACACCAUCGUCCCCGGUCCAUGAGGGCCAGGGGGUGACGCUGAGCUGCCGGGAUUCGGCCAAACCCCCGUCCCACACCUACACCUGGAGCUUGGACGGCCGGACCCUGCCCCACCACACGGCCCACGUCCUCCUGGAGCCCAUCCAGGCCGCGGAUGGAGGGUCCUACAGCUGCCAGGCCACCAACGUCGUGGGGACAACCCAGUCACCCCCCACCGUCCUGCAGGUCUACUACGCCCCACGGGAUGUGCGGGUGGAGGUGACGCCGUCGUCCCCCGUCCAUGAGGGCCAGGAGGUGACGCUGAGCUGCCGGGACUCCUCCAACCCUCCGUCCCACGCCUACACCUGGAGCUUGGAGGGCCAGACCCUGCCCCACCACGCGGCCCAGGUCCUCCUAUAUCCCACCAAGGCCACGGAUGGUGGCUCCUACAGCUGCCAGGCCACCAACAAGUUAGGGACAUCCAGGUCCAUCCCUACCACCCUUGAGGUCUACUACCCGCCCCGAACAGCCAUCUUGGAGACCCUGACCUCUCUGCCGGUGCUUGUGGGUUCCCGUGUCACCUUACGCUGCACCCUCGGCCCCGCCCACCCCACUCCCUUCUCCAUCCAAUGGCUACGCAACGACCACUGGGAGUUUGACACCCCUGGCCCCGCCCUCAGCUUCAACGCUGACCCCGCCCGCGCCGGCGUCUACCGUUGUAUGGGCCAAAACCCCGCCGGCACCACCCGCUCCCUGCCCCUCUCCGUCAUCGUCUGGUACCCUCCCAAAGCCGUAAAGGUGCUGCAGACCCCACGGGGUCCGGUGGUGGCCUGGGGGGGCCUGGUGCGACUUCAGUGCCAGAUCGGAGCCGCCGAACCGGCCAAGUUCACGAUCAGCUGGUUCAAGAACGGGCAGGAACUGCCCGUACCCUCCUCCGAACUGCUCCUACCCGGCCCCGAGCCUGUCGACGCCGCUACCUAUGCCUGCCAAGCCCGAAACGAAGCGGGGGUCACCCGGAGCCCCCCUUUCAUCCUCGACGUCCGCUUCGGACCCCAGGGGGUGGAGCUGGUGCCGGAUCCGAGCCAACGGGUGCAGGAGAUGAGCGACGUCAUCUUACGAUGUCACGCUGACGCUUCGCCCCCACCCAAUGUCUUCGAGUGGUUUUGGGAUGGUCGACUCCUCGGUCAAACCCCCAAAGGAUUAUGGGUGCUCCGGGCAGUGGGGACCCAAGCAUCCGGGCGGUAUCGGUGUCGCGUCACCAAUGACAUCGCUACCACCGAUUCGCCUGAUGUCAUCAUCACCGUCUACUACUCCACCACCACCAUCCUCCGAAGGACCUUCUUGGGUGUUGGCGUGGGGCUGAGCAUCCUCCUGGUGCUGGGCACCCUUGGGUGCUUCCUUCGACGCUGGUGGCGGAGGCAGAUGGCAGCCCAUGAGGAACCCAUGGUAGAACCAUCAAGGACCUUCUUCCUCCGCAAUAAAAAGCCACUGAUGCCUGGUUCCACCCGACCUCCUCUUGGUCCCGAUGACAGCGACACCAUCAGUUACGCAUCGUUGCUGUCACCUCCUGGCUCUGGCUCUGUCCCCAGGUUGCGAGGGGACACCGUUGUCUACACUGUCCUCAAGAGGAAUGAGGGUGCUGCAAAGGCCACCGAAGGUCCCGACUACGAGAACGUCCCACCUGGUUCCAGCAACAGAGAUAGGGACAGGGACAGGGACAGGGAUGGGACACUGGUCUAUGCUGCCUUGGCCCUGUCCUCCCCAGGGCCACCACGGGGACAAGCCGGGGAUGUUGGGGACACUGUUGAGUACGCUGCCCUGAGGCACUGAGACCUCGGGGACACCAAGAUACAGGGAAGUGGCCACCAUGGGGACAUGGAGACACCAUAAAAUGUCCCCAGCAACAUGAGGACUUGGCCACCACGGGGACACAGGAACACGGGGACACGGGGACACCAUAAAAUGUCUACAGGGACAUGAAGGACUUGGCCACUGUGGGGACACAGGAACCUGGCCACUGUGGGCAUGUGGCCACCAUGGGGUUCAAGGGCAGAUGAUGACAUUGAGGCUAUGGGGACACCAAGGACAAUGGUGGUGGCCACUUCAGGGUCCUGGCCACCACGGAGGGGACGUAUCACCAUGGAGAACAUGCCACAACCAUGGCCACCGCCGCCAUGGGGGACACGUCAUCAUGGAGUACAUACCACAACCAUGGCCACUGUCACCUUGGUGAACUUGCCAGGAUGUGGAUAGUGACGUGACACUGCCACCAAGAAGCCACCACCCCCACCUCCACCAAUAAAAUCAUCUUCUGGGU